AAGCAACCGGCAUUUGACAAUCCACUACUCAAAGAUCAUAAAAUACAGAUGAAUCCAAACUCGAUUCCAGGAGGGAUAACCAAUAAAACUAUUUCGUCAUCCUCUAUCUGUGGGCUUCAGUGGGAAGAAUGUCCUUCAGGAACAGUACCUAUUCGAAGAACGACCAGAACAGACCUAGUUAAUGCUGAACUUUUACUGAAGAAGACUAAGCAAGUUCAUGCGAAAAAAUUGGGUCUCGAUAUCGUCUAUGCUGAAGAAGUCAUCCAAGAUAAAAGAUAUUUCGGAGGCGCAACUUCUAUGUCUAUACACAACCUUACAGUAGAUCUUGACCAGACCAGUACUUCGCAGAUUUGGAUUACGAAUGGACCUCCAGAACAAGUAAAUAGUGUUGAAGUUGGGAUAAUGAGAAGCCCUUUGGUAUUUGGUGAUCGUUACGGUCGACUAUUUGGUUCUUGGACUUCUUAUAAUGGAGCCCAAAGGAUAGGUUGCUUCAAUAUGAUGUGCCCUGGCUUCGUUCAAAUUAGUUCUGCCGUGUUGUUUGGUCAUGAGUUUACGCAGUCAUCAAUAUAUGGGCAGAUAUCAUAUGAUGUGCAUCUUAUGAUAUCCCGGUCCCAAAUCACUGGUAACUGGUGGUUAAGCAUGGGUCCGUCUGCUGAAUCAAGUGAACAAGUAGGAUAUUGGCCGAGUGAACUCUUUACACAAUUGAAAAACAGUGCAUCAUCCGUAAAAUAUGGAGGGUAUGCAGUUGCAUUAUCUCAAGAAUCAACUCCACCGAUGGGAAAUGGAUAUUUACCUCAGCUUGACGACUAUAAAAAGACGGCUUUCAUGUCGAAAAUGCAAUUUGUAAAUGAGACAGGUGGCCUUGUUCACCUAAACCCACAGUCGAUGCAAACCAAGAGAGGUCGCUACCACAAUGCUACGAUAUCAAGAUAGCUGGUCAGUUGGGAGAGGGUUGGUUUACAACUAUGGUGUA